UGAAUCCAUUUCAAAUGAUUGAGAAUCCUCUCCAAAGUAUUGAAAGCUGUUAAGUUUAUAUCGGCCCCUAUUUGUUAAAUCUCUGUUUUAUACCUGUUCAACCUACUUUCCUUUCAUAGCGUCCACUUCAUUAGAGAAAUGGGGAAUCAAUCUAAUAAACCAAAUGUUGUGGUUGCCAGCCCGACGCCUAACACUACCACAAAACCUACAACCAAACCUAUCACUCCUACGAUUCCGCCAACCAUCGCCACAACAACUCCGGUACCGACCACCACUCCGCUGACCACCACUCCGCUGACCACCACUCCGUUGACCACCACUCCGCUAAACACCACUACAACUCCAGCUCGUGUCACAUCCACAGGUUUGAUUACCCACUCAUCAAUCAACCAAUUAGAGACCUUUUUGCUUCCUGUGGCCAUCGUCAUGUCAACAUCUUUCCUCAUCGUCGCUGUCGUUCUCAUUGUCGUCGUGGUUCGACGUCGUCAUCACGCAGAUAAACACGUGGAGAACGGCACCCACCCUGUUUUCACGCCAACCCAAACAGUUUCCAACGCAUCAUUCAACGCCGAGAGCUCGGGGGAAUGCUCGCUAAACCAUAUAUACGUGGAGCAUGGAGAAAGAGAUUCCAAGCUUCAUGACGGACACUAUACCUACGUCACAAAGCCUUCCAUCAUGGGCGGAUUUCCAAAAGGAUGCGCGCCCUCUAUCAAAUCGCCCAAGAGGGUUCUUCGGGGAUACCCUGAUGGAAAGGGUCGAUCGGUCCAAGCGAAAGGUAUUACCACAGACGUCUUUGGCGAUGAAGAUCAUUAUGAUCUCCUCUUUGAAGCCAGGCCCUCAGUUGUCAAUGUCAUCGUCAUGAACGCUUAUGAAAAUCACCCACCAAACGGCUGUUAUCGAAACUACGCUAACGUGACAGAAAUUCCCGAAUCGACAACUGGCUAUUUGGAAACCUUGCCCUCGGGCUUACAAGAUACCAUUUCCAUCAAGAGCAGCUCAGAUUCGAUGAACAAUCAGGAUCCUUCACAGAGAACCGUUAGUGCAGACUUGCAGAGUAACUCCGCAACACUAGCAAUCAAAUCGGAUAACCCCGCAACCGAUUACGAUCCAAACGGUCCGGUUCGGAUGUUGAAACCGAAUAACCCGGAAGUGAUUAUAGGAGUCAUUGAUGAGUUGCUGUAUGAGAAUGCGCCCAGGAGCCGAGGAGGGUCUGUGAUGAGUCUCGGGAAGGAAGAACCAAAAUACUAUGAGCUGGAAAGGCAGUUCAUCAAGGAUGCCGAUAAUGACAAUGACAUGGUAGAAACUAUUUUGUAUCAGUCGAUUACUGAAUAG